GCUGCCUUGGCUCCCGGAUUAAGAAGUUAACGUUAGCCUGACGAUAACGAAGUUAUCGCGAGAAAGAAUCGAGAUCCAUUUCGAGCUGAUCGCUAGCAUUGGCGACUUCUUCCUAAGCCGUCCCGUCUCAGCCGCCAAAGUGCCACAAUGCUCCGUUCCACGGCCCUAUUCCGGGCGACAAUAGCGCCUUCUCGACAGAUUCUUCAGCAAACGACUUCCUCAGCCAGUCUUGUCAGCAGGAGAUGCCUCGCAACAGCAACAGCAACAGCAACAUCAACAGCGCAAGAACAACAGCCAAACUCACAACCACCCUCAGCAGCAGUGCAAACAACAAGUACGACGACACAAAGAAUACCCCGCCCCUUCCACGUCUCUCGCACGCCAGGCAACAACUUCCCCGUCUACCAGCUCCGAAAACGCGGCGGCAACAAGAAGCUCACCACCAUCAAGAAAAUCGAGGGCGACCGCAAGGCCUUCAAGGAAGUGCUAGCGACGGGGUUGGGGCUCGAUCCAAAGGAUGUCAAGAUUAACCCCGUGACUGGGCAUGUCGUGGUAGAGGGCCACCACAAGCCUCAGGUCGACGCUUGGCUUCAGAGCCAAGGUUUCUGAUCGGAACAAGCGUGUAUAAUAAACUGGGGGUUAGAGCAUGACAGUAUGGGGCUGUAUCUGGCAAAGCGUAUCGCAAGAUGCGAUCUGCCUGGCCUGGGAAAGAGUAUUGUGCAACAUGCACAGGAUACCAACUGGUCUGACAGAAUUAUGGCUGGUUCACAGCGCC